AUGAGUAACAAUGAACUUGAAGGAAAACUACCCUCAGAGUUUUCCUCUUGGUCUAAGCUUGAUCAGUUUGAUGCUCGAGUCAAUAAUUUCACAGGCUCAAUUCCACCUUCAAUAGGUAAUAUAUCAACCCUUCUUUUUCUUGAUCUAGCCUAUAACAAUUUAGUUGGGGGAAUACCUUUGGAACUUGCACAUCACACAAGUUUACAGUUUCUUAAUUUAGGAGUAAACGGUUUGGGGGGUCUGGUUCCCCCUUCACUUUACAACAGUUCGUCCCUCUAUAUUGUCGGUCUAAACCAGAAUGUAUUAGAAGGGACACUUCCAUCAGAUUUAGGCUUCACCCUUCCGAGGUUGCAAGGCUUUUACGGUGAAGGUAACCUGUUUUCAGGGCCACUUCCACCGUCAAUAGUUAAUGCGUCCAAUCUUGUUAACCUUGACAUCUCGGCAAACAGUAUUACUGGGCCUAUACCAAUCAACUGGAAUAGCCUUCCUAAUCUUCAAGUGCUAGGUCUGGGUCAGAAUCCAUUGGCAGACUAUUCGCAGCUCCAAGACUGGAUCUUUUUCAAUUCUCUGGUAAAUUGUACCCUUCUAACUUACUUGGACUUCAGUCAGAAUGGUUUAAGAGGGAAGCUCCCCAGCUCAAUUGUAAAUCUCUCCACCACCAUAGAGACACUCUAUUUGUUUGGAAACCACAUAUACGGAAGCAUACCCCGUGAUAUUGGAAAACUUGUCAACGUGAAAGACCUUGGGAUUGCACGAAACUUUUUGACAGGGACUAUUCCAGAUUCAAUUGGAGAGCUAUCACAGUUGGGUGAACUAGAUUUCGGUGGCAACAACAUAUCUGGAGUAAUACCACUUCUAUUGGCAACAUUACUCAAUUAG